GCAGUGACCAAAGGUGGAGAAGUAGAAAUAUCUAUGGUGAAACACUUUAGAAUAGAUCUGGAUGAGAAAUAUGAAAUGGCUGAAAAGUGGCUUUUGAAAGAUCUGGAGAUGAUUGAUGGAAAAGAAGCAGACGCUGAUAAUCCAUAUUUUGACAUGCACUUUGAGAAGGUCUACAGUUGGGAAGCAUAUAGCUGUGCAUCUAAAUAUGCCUUUGCUCGAACGUUAAACAAAUUGAAUUACAUGUACCUUAAAAAGGACUUGAAGAUUGUGAACUUCGAUAUAACCUACAUAAAUGAUGAUUCACUCUGGUCAUCCAACAAUGGGGACUGUUUAGUACUUAUGAAGAUAUGCUUCUAUGCUUCCAACCUUUUGUGUCUGUCCCUGUGUCCUAUGCCAUAA